CGGUAGGUAGGAGCGCAGCGAGCCCGGCCCCGCCGAGCCCCCGCCAUGGACCCCAAGGACCGCAAGAAGAUCCAGUUCUCGGUGCCGGCGCCCCCCAGUCAGCUGGACCCCCGCGCUGUGGAGCUGAUCCGCCGGCGGAGGCCCACGCCGGCCAUGCUCUUCCAGCUUUCCGAGCACUCGUCCCCAGAGGAGGAGUCCCUGCCCUACCAGCGAGCGUCCGGCGAGGGCUGCCUGCUUAAACCAAAGAGGACCAACCCGUGUGCCUACACGCCGCCCUCGCUCAAAGCCGUGCAGCGCAUCGUGCAGUCCCACCUGGAGAGCGGCCUGGCCGGCGGCGACAGCUCCGACGGCGAGGCCGACGACGGCGAGCACGACCUGGCCCGCGCCUGCGACCCCGACAGCGCCCUCGAGCCCGCCCCCGGGAGCCAGGCCCGGGCCGAGCCGCGGCUCUUCCCCGCCGCCGCCAAGGCGCACAAGCGGAGAGGGGGGCAGAAGGUGUCCUUCGUCGGCGGCAUAGACGAGCGCGACGAGGACGUGAAGGCGCUGACGGGGUCGGAGACCCCCGAGGGCGGCGCCGAGCAGGAGCCGGGCCGGGAGCCGGAGGAGCCCCGCGGCGGCGAGCGCAGCAAGGAGCGCAGACACGUCGGCUUCGCCGAGGCGCCGCCGCGCCCCGGGGGCGCCUUCCCGCUGGGCACCAGCUAG